AACCAAUGGCAACAGUGGUCACAAGAUAUCAUUCCAGCACUUCUCAAGCCCUACAUGUGCUAUCUUGAGGCAUCCCAAUCCCUUUGCAUGACAGUAGACCCCUCAUGUAUCAACUCACUGUUUGCUGUCUCUUCUUUGACCAUAUGUGACCAUUUUGUUGUUUGCUCAUGUGAUGCUCAUGUAUACCCAGGUUUGGAGGAUGUUGGGAUAAGCUACUGUGCAUGCACCCCAGCUCCUAUAUGCCUCAUGGGCCAUGGGUUAUUUGCAUCAUCUCCUGUGGUACCUACUCUGGCAGUUGACCUUUGUGUACUGGAGUUUGUAAAGAAGCUCUUUGUCUGGCUAACCCCAAACACAACUGCAUGGUGUGAAGCACUAGAAAGCUUCCUGGAUGGUCAAGGGUAUAGACUGCAGUUCAAG